CUCUCGCUUGCCACCGUCCCGUCGAACAGCGUAUACUCCGCGGCGACACCGGCGCCGCAACCCCUGAACACGAUCAGUCGCGUUUCGAACCGCACACGUACACGACGUUCGCUUCCCAGCUUACCCACACGGCCAAGCUGCACUUCCACACGCCGCACGGUAUCACAACAAUAUUGUAAUAUUAUUAUCGUCGUCAUAUUAUACCUAUCCAAUCCUCCGACGAAGCCGCCGCCGCUGCAGCACUCCACUGCUGUGCCGCAGGAUCGAGUUUUCCACCGCCGCGGAUCGCAUUCGAUUAUAACACAGCUUUAUACUGUGUUAUUUGCCGUACUACCCGAUUGUUUUUUUUUAAAGGUUUUGAUCACAAAAGGCUAUGCAAUGAUGAGCAUUGGCGAAGAAUUGAAAUCCACCAUGCCGUCCUUCAUGCAAUUCUGCUCCAGAGUUGACCAAGGAAACGUACAGGAAGACUGGUGGACCGCCGGAUCCGACGCAGCAUUUGCACACAGCCAAAAGGAAGAAUGGCUAUCGGACUCGGAUAGUCAAAACACCAUUAUUUGUAGCACGACCAGCUCGUCACCCGGGCCCUCGUCAUUGUUGUCCACGUCCACUGGUGGUGGCCAGAAGGCCGGUUCAUCCAAAGCCAAGCAAGGCGGUCGAUCCAAAGAUACUCCGGCCGGACAAAAACCCGCCCAAGUGGUGGCAAGGCGGAACGCGCGCGAGAGACGCCGAGUGCAGGCGGUCAACUGGGCAUUCGCCAGACUCCGGAAAGUCGUUCCACUGGAAGAAAACAAGAGCAAGAGAAUGAGCAAAGUGAAGACCCUACAAAUGGCCAUUGAAUACAUUAACCAACUGCAAGGUGUUCUAUCUUUGCAGAGUCCACUGCAUAAUAAUCACCCCGAACCCGAACAUCAUCAAUUGCUAACGACGGCCGACAUCAACCUGUUCUCCGACAUACAAUACAAAAUCGAACCCGGCGAGCUUCAAUUCCGCAUGCCUCCCAAUUUCUACACCCAACUAUUGACUGACCAUCAAAAUUGACAUGGAAUUUCUUCGUGUGAUUUUUUUUAAAAAUUUCAUAUAUCAUGUAUUAUUAUAGUUAAAAACAAUUGUCUACUGGCUUAAAUCAAUCACGAAUGACGAGAGUCUUAAGCCUGUUUGUUUCUUUUAUUAUUAUAUUAUUAUUAAUAACAUCAUUAUUAUUAUUAAUAACAUUAUUAUUAUUAUUAUUAUUAUUAUUAUUAUUAGACAAUGAUAUUUUGUUUUUGUCACGGUAAAUUUUCUUCUAAACAUGUUAUUGCCACUUUAGAACAGAUUAUUAAGGUGGUCAAAUACUGUAAUGAUUACGAAUUGUUUUAUUCGAAUUUCAACAUUCAUUUUUUUUUUUUAUAUAUGACUCAUAAUAUUUAUUAUGUUUUUGUUAACUUUUGUUUGUACAUUUAAAGUCUAGUCAUUACGCUUUUAAGUUGAUUACAAUUAGGUACACUUUUUUCUCUCUUUAUUUCAUCAUUAUCUCCAAAGGUACGUUUUCUCUGCAGCGUCAAACAGUGGAUCAGCUCGACGUUUAAACACCGAAUAUAGUCUGAACCAGUAAUUAUAACGCUAGAAUCCGCGUCCAGACGCUGCAGAGAAAACGUACCUUUAAUAAUAUACAUGUAAUAUAUGAAUAUUAUCUAAAUUAUACCGUAUAUAUUGCUAAAUUACAAAACUAUUAUUUUAUUA